AAAUACGAUUUCAGUAUGUCAGAGCCUCAGUACAAACGAAGCAAGAUGCCAAGCUCUCUCGACCAACUUAAGGCCGUAACGGUCGUUGUUGCCGAUACCGCCGACUUUGAAUCAAUGCAAAUUUACAAACCCACGGAUGGCACAACAAAUCCUUCCUUAAUGUUGACUGCGGCUACAUUGCCUCAGUACAAACCUUUGAUCGAUAAAGCUGUUACCUAUGGAAGUAAAACUGGAAGAACGCGCGAGGAAAAGCUUGAAAAUGCCAUGGAUAAGCUGUGUGUGUUGUUUGGAAAAGAAAUUUUAAAAAUCGUACCAGGUAGAGUGUCCACAGAGAUUGAUGCUAGAUUAUCUUUCGACAAAGAUGCAAGUAUCGCAAAAGUUUUAAAAAUUAUCCAACUCUAUGCGGAUGAGGGUAUUUCAAAGGAACGUAUUUUGAUCAAACUGGCGUCAACCUGGGAAGGAAUUCAGGCGGCCAAAGUUUUGGAAGAAAAACAUGGAGUCCAAUGUAAUUUGACUUUGCUUUUAAAUUUUGCCCAAGCGGUAGCUUGCGCCGAAGCAGGAGCUACAUUGAUAUCGCCAUAUAUUGCCCGUAUCCUGGACUGGCAUAUGGCAAACGACAGUUGUCAAAUAACAUAUUCCGCCGACGAAGAUCCUGGAGUGGUCUCUGUAACACAAAUUUACAACUACUAUAAGAAGUUUGGAUAUAAAACUCUUGUGAUGGGGGCAUCUUUUCGUAACAUAGAUGAAGUUAAGGCUUUGGCUGGUUGUGACCUUUUGACCAUCAAUCCAAAACUGCUUAGUGAAUUAAAAGCAAGCAACGAUCCCGUCCCAAGGAAGUUAAGUAAAGAAAAGGCAAUGAAGUCAGAUUUGGAAAAACUUGAAAUAACAGAAGCUAAGUUUAGGUGGUUGCUAAAUGAAGAUCAAAUGGCCACAGACAAACUUUCGGACGGUAUCAGAAAAUUUGCCGCGGAUACCAUUAAACUUGAAAAUGCCAUCAAACCUCUAUUAAAAUAAUUCAUAAUCAGUAACCUGUAUUUUAUAUUUGUAGAUUGCCAUUUGUGAUUCCACUAUACUAGGGAUAUGAACACAUAAUUUUUAAAUAAAUAAUUUAAAAAAUGA